UUCGUUAGAAAUCUAUUAACAGUUGCGCAAAGGAAGUUGUGUGAACGUACGUUUCGUCAGAAAGAAACAAGUCGAUUUUUUGCUCUUUACCCCAAAAAUGUCGACUAACGAAACCUUUUCUACAAGUGAGAGUGAACUAAGAGCAAAACAAGAAAAACCCGAGUUACGACAGGCAAACCAAGCUCAAAUCAAAGAAAAUGAUCUUGUGUAUACUGUGGAUCAGAGCCCGCCAUGGUACUUGGCCUUCUUGCUUGGUUUCCAGCAUUAUCUGACCAUGUUGGGUGGAACCCUAUCCAUUCCCGUCAUCCUCAGUGGCCCUAUGUGCUUUGGCGACAAACCUCUAGUAAUGGCAGAGGUUCUUAGCACAGUACUGUUCUGUUCUGGUGUUGUGACGGUUCUUCAAACCACCUUUGGUGUCAGAUUACCCAUACUUCAAGGAGGCACAUUUUCAUUCCUGGCUCCAACUCUUGCCAUUCUUUCUCUACCAAAGUUUCAAUGUCCAAGUACAAGCCAAGUGAAAGGAAAUUCUACUGGAAAUGUUGACGAUGAAGAAAUCUGGAAAAUUCGAAUGCGAGAGGUACAAGGUGCCAUCGCCGUGUCGUCAUUGUUCCAGAUAUUCAUUGGUUUCUCUGGUCUCAUUGGCUUCUUGUUGCGGUUCAUUGGACCUCUGACUGUUGCUCCUACCAUAACACUCAUCGGUCUGUCUUUAUUCCACGUUGCGGGAGAACACGCAGGCAAUCAUUGGGGAAUCUCAAUGAUGACCAUUGCUUUUAUCACAUUGUUCUCUCAGUUCCUCUCAAACGUAAGGAUGCCAUUUCCCGCCUGGAAAAAAUCCAAAGGAUUCUACUUCGCUCGCUACCCUUGCUUCAAGCUAUUCCCUAUCAUUAUCGCUAUCAGCUUGUCUUGGGCUGUCUGUGGUAUCAUAACAGCUGCCGGUGGUUUCCCAGACGACCCUAAAAGUGCAGGAUACAAAGCAAGAACUGACGCACGGACUCAAGUGUUACAGGAAGCAAAGUGGUUUAGAUUCCCUUAUCCUGGUCAAUGGGGUCUUCCAACUGUAAGUGCAGCAGGUGUAUUCGGCAUGGUAGCAGGUGUCCUAGCAUCUAUCAUCGAAUCUGUGGGUGAUUACUACGCAUGCGCACGUCUAUCAGGCGCAUCCCCACCGCCCAAGCAUGCUGUUAAUCGUGGUAUUGGUAUAGAAGGAAUAGGGUGCCUGUUGGCAGGGCUUGUUGGAAGUGGUAAUGGAACGACGUCUUAUAGUGAAAAUAUUGGAGCCAUCAGCAUUACUAGGGUUGGCAGCCGUCGUGUGCUACAGUAUGGAGGCAUCAUCAUGGUACUAGUGGGUAUCCUUGGUAAGAUAGGUGCUUUAUUCACCACUAUUCCUGAUCCCAUCGUCGGAGGUGUUUUCAUGGUCAUGUUUGGUAUCAUAGCUGCUGUUGGAAUAUCAAACCUACAGUUCGUCGAUCUCAACUCGUCGAGGAAUCUCUUCAUUGUCGGUGUGUCCUUGGUAAUGGGGCUUGCUUUGCCCAACUAUAUGAAUGCUCAUCCCAAGGCUAUAGAAACAGGGGUACACGAGAUUGACCAGAUCAUCACGGUGCUCUUCAAGACAGGCAUGGCAGUCGGAGGAAUGACUGCUUUUCUAUUGGACAACACCAUCCCUGGUACCCCAGAGGAACGAGGCAUGACUGUCUGGCGCAAGCUGAUCACAGGCAAUACAGACGGGUCAGCAGAUAAAAGCACUGCAUCUAUACACACCUACGACCUUCCAUUUGGCUUAAACCGAUUGAGCAAAUACAAGCUUAGCAAAUAUGUGCCGUUUAUUCCGUAUUAUCCACAUGAGCAGGCUGGGAGAAGACAGGGAGAGGGCGAAACCCCUGACACACCACGUGACAAUCCUGUCAAUCAGUGGCUGUGACACUUCGAUCCAUAGUUAUGUACUUAUUUACAAAUGUAUGCAUAAAUGUAAUAUCCAUGCCAAGGACUUAUGUCGUCAAAAAACCCAUAAAAGUAAACAUUUUUAAGUACGUCGAACAUGAAGGGAGUGAUUGCUAAGUCUUCCGCCGGACUUAGAGGCUCAUGAUCAAACCACGAGGGAGGAAAACGGAGAAAAAGAUUCUCUAAUUACAGGACAACUCUGCUCACAUACGACACCGAGCCCGCGGGAAUCGAACCCGUGUCGCAUUGGUGAGAGGAGACGCAUAUUAGCAACGUACCGACACGUGCUAACAAAGUGACAGUAUAUGAAUAACUGGAAUUAUUCUAAUUCCUUAAAUUUAAGGCUACGUUGUGUUGUGCCCAUGAACCAUGUACUAUAUAUCUUGAAGCAAAUACACCUGUCAUAGUUUAAAUGUAGUGUAAAUGAUUAAUGAUUAAAUGACAGAUAUAAUAAGAAGCAGUUGAAGUA